GAGCGUUGUCAGCGGCGGAGCCGGAUGCAGGCGGCGCGGCGGCCGCGGGGAUGGGCGGAGCCCCGGCCGCUGGUGCUGGUGGCUGGCGCCGCUGCCGGAGCCCGAGCCCGAGCGGCCGCCUGUGCCGUGGUGCGACGCUGCUGGCCCGGGCGGCGGGAUGCUAAGCAAAGGGGUGGGCGGCGGCGGCGGCGGCACGAAGGCGCCCAAGCCGUCCUUCGUGUCCUACGUGCGUCCCGAGGAAAUUCACACGAAUGAAAAGGAAGUGGCCGAGAAGGAAGUGACUCUCCACCUGUUGCCAGGUGAGCAGCUGCUCUGUGAGGCCAGCACGGUGCUCAAGUACGUGCAGGAGGACGCCUGCCAGCGCGGCAUCUACGGGAGACUCGUCUGCACCGACUUCAAGAUCGCCUUCUUGGGCGACGACGAGCCUGCCCUGGAGAGCGACGAAACCCAGUUUAAGAAUAAGGUUGUCGGAGAGAAUGACAUCACCCUCCCCUGCGUGGACCAGAUUUACGGGGUGUUCGACGAGAAGAAGAAAGCCCUCUCCGCACAGCUGAAGAAGUACCCCGAGAAGCUCAUCAUCCACUGCAAAGACCUCCGCGUCUUCCACUUCUGUCUGAGGUACACAAAAGAAGAGGAAGUCAAAAGGAUUGUGAGUGGCAUCAUCCAUCACACCCAAGCUCCUAAACUGCUGAAACGGUUGUUUCUGUUCUCCUAUGCAGCCGCGGCCCCGAGCAGGCCAGCCGCCGCCGAUCCCGAGACCCACACCGUGAUGUUCAACUCGCUCGAGGACUGGUGCUGGGAACUGGAGCGCACCAAGGGCCACCUGAAGUACAAAGCCGUGAGUGUGAACGAAGGCGCCAGGGUCUGCGAGAGGUUGCCGGCCUACUUUGUGGUCCCCGCCGCCCUCUCCGAAGACGAGGUGCCGCGCUUUCAGGGCCAUGGCUUGCCGAUCUGGUGCUGGUCCUGCCACAACGGAUGUGCCCUCUUGAAGAUGUCAGCGUUGCCCAAAGAACAGGACGAUGGCCUGCUGCAGAGCCAGAAGAGCUUCUUGGACGGGGUCUACAGGACCAUCCACAGGCCCCCCUACGAGGUCGUGAGGACGGAGGAUCUCUCGAGCAACUUCCUGUCCCUGCAGGAAAUCCAGGCGGCCUACUCCAAGUUCAAGCAGCUCUUCCUGAUCGACAACAGCAGUGAGUUUUGGGACACGGAUAUAAAGUGGUUUUCUCUCUUGGAGAGCAGCAGCUGGCUCGACAUCGUCAGACGUUGCCUGAAGAAAGCAAUCGAGAUCGUAGCGUGUCUCGAGGCCCAGAACAUGAAUGUUCUUCUUUUAGAGGAGAAUGCUUCCGACCUCUGCUGCCUCCUGUCCUCGCUGGUGCAAGUGAUGAUGGACCCCCACUGCAGGACCAUGGGGGGCUUCCAGAGCCUCAUCCAGAAGGAGUGGGUCAUGGGCGGGCACUGUUUCCUGGACCGCUGCAACCACCUGCGCCAGAGUGACAAGGAGGAGGUGCCCGUGUUCCUGCUCUUCCUGGACUGUGUGUGGCAGCUGGUGAGCCAGCACCCGUCCGCCUUCGAGUUCACGGAGACGUACCUGACGGUGCUGUCCGACAGCCUCUACCUCCCCAUCUUCAGCACCUUCUUCUUCAACUCGCCGCAUCAGAAAGACGCAAACCUGGGCAGGGAAAGCCCCGAGGCCCCCGGCCGGCCCCUGGCCCAGCUCUCCGUGUGGGACUGGUCCGUGCAGUUUGAGCCCAAAGCCCAGCUGUUACUCAGAAACCCUCUGUACGCGGAGAAGCCAAAGCCAGACAAGGGCCCGCGGAGGGGGUCUCGCUGCAAGCACCAGCGACAGCUGUCCCUGCCGCUCACGCAGCCCAAGGCGUCCCCCAAGAGAGGCUUCUUCCGGGAGGAGACGGACCACCUCAUCAAGAACCUCCUGGGCAAGAGGAUCAGCAAGCUCAUCAACGCCUCUGACGAGCUGCCGGACGCGUGGCGCGAGUUCUACGAGGCGUGGCACAGCCGGCCGGCCGAGCCGCAGGGGCUGCUGCUGCCGCGCGUGGGCGGCCCCGAGGUGCGCGUGUGGGCGCAGCGCUACCUGCGCUGGAUCCCCGAGGCGCAGGUGGUGGGCGGCGGCCGCGCGGCCACCACGCGCAAGCUGCUGGAGGUGGCCGAGGAGCUGCAGAGCCUGCAGGAGAAGGUGGCCGCGCGGCCGCCCAGCCCCGCCCUGGCGCGCGCGCCCCCGCCCCCGCCACCGGGCCCCUGCCUGCUGCGCGACUCGGCGCGCCUCUCGGCCCUCUUCCCCUUCGCGCUGCCGCAGCCACGCCACCCCUGCAAGCCCGUGCUGCCCACCAGCGGCUGGAAGGCCCUGGGCGACGAGGACGACCUGGCCAAGCGGGAGGACGAGUUCGUGGACCUGGGGGAUGUGUGACGGGUGCUUCCCGGCAGCGGCGGCGACUGUGACAGCGACAGCCGGGGCCUGGCGGGGCACAGGGGGACACCCCCUGGGCCCUCUGCCAAUGUCGUUCCUGGAAAGGCAUCGCCGCCCCAACCCAGCCCGGGCAGGGUGGGCGUGGGAAAGCAGCGCCUGGCUCGGCGCCGCUGCGUGUCCAGCGGCUCAGAGGGGCUGGUCAGACGGACGGCUGGGCGCGCGGGGCUGCCUGGCUUGCACUGAGACGGACCGCGUGGUGCUGCCGCUGCGGGCCUCCUGCCGGGUGCAGGGCUCCAGGCCUGCCAGCUGCACCCUCCACCCCCCCCCCCCCGCGCUCCAGACCUUGGGGUGCUGCACCGCCCUCGCUGGGGUGCUCUGGGCUCCAGGGCUCCGCCUGGCUCGCCCCCGGCCUGGGCUCCAGGUCCUGGGUCCUGCAGCCCCCGCAGCUGGUGAAGCCAGCGGUGGGGGGGCGGGGAACGGAAAUAUCAGAGUGGGGGAUUGUGCUGAUUUGCCCCCAUCGAGGAACUUGGGUCUGGAGGUUCAGGAGUUGCCUAUGACUCUCUGGGCCAGUUGGGGAGCCCCUGGGACGCCCCCACCACCAUCACCCUCCCCCCCCCCACACACACACACUGCCCACCUCCCCAAUGCGCUCCCAGGAGGGGCCACUUCUGAGCACUCACAACUCUCACACAGUUUACGUACCUCAGCGAUCUCCAAGCCAUAGAAGCAACCCCAUCUGGGCGCACCCUCGGAGGGCUCCUGUAAAGGCCCUUGUCCCCCUCUCAAUGGGUCCCUGUUCCAGCCCCGCGGCGGAAGGGGGGCGGGAAGACUCAGCUCUCGCUGAGUGUUUGCCUCCUGCCCACGUUUGCUCUCCUGUCUCGGCCACGGCCCGAGUAUUAUUUAUGCACCUAGGAAAACUUUCCGUCGCUCAAGGCCAAGGGACUCGGGAAACGUAUCACCCAGCAGGACCCUGUCCGUCUGCACUGAAUGCCUCUGUCUGGGAAGUGCCGUGCUGUCUGCCCUCUCCUGCUGACCCCGGGGGGCCAGACACGGGUCCAGUCUGGGUUGCCUUAAGAAUCUUGCUGUGAGGCAAGUUGGGGAGCUCAUCAGCCCUCGUCCCCAGGUUCUGGGGGCCCCUUGAGCUCGCGCUAACGGUGUUCCCCCCCACCCCACCUCACACCCAGUAUUAGUCAGUGACCUCUGCCAAUUCCUCCCCAUCUUCGUCAUUCUCAUUCCACAAGCGCCCGGUGUGGCGCCUUCCACGCCACAAAGUAUGGUUUAAAGGCACAAGGUCAUGGCCCCUGUCAUAGCAGUUGAAUGUGCAUUGAAAUAUUUUUCUAUGGUUUUAAGAAAUAUAUAUAUAUGAUAGAAAAAAUGAAUAAGCUGUUGUAACAUGUAAGGCCAUGACAAUUUACAUAUUUAUAUUUGAAGUCAGAUUUCUAUAAGCUUGUAUUUGUGUACAGACUUCUCAAGUGGGUUUGUAUAUUGUGACAUUUUUAUGCGCGCGUGCGACGUGGAUCAUGCUUAGGAGCAAAAGCUGAAGCGAGACCAUCGCGUUUGUUCGAAAUGCUACACUGUGCAAGUUUGGAAAUGUAUAUUAACUGUGUAUGAUAGCCCGCGUUUGUUUAUACCUCCAAGUUUUUACACUGAAGAGAAAUGAGCUUUAAUCACAUUCAAGACUUUUUUUUAAAAAAAAAAAAAGAAAGAAAAGGGAAUAAGCUGUUCACUAAGUGUGUAAAUGUGCUUUUUAUUUUCUGGAUGUACAUGGAAGGUUUAUACUUGUCUCUUCACUGCAUCGUAUCUGGUUGCAGAAAUUAAAGCACAAUUAACAAGCCGC